AUGGAGAAGAACAUUACCAGCAACAACUCUAAAGACCAGAAAAAUGGCAGUAACGCCAUUAGAGACUGCAACAACAACAAUCAGAACUUCAGCAACGUCAAGCUUAAAGAUUCGUGGAACAGCAACAGCCAUAACAAUGGAGAAGAAUAUCUUAGUGGGUUUUCAUGGCCACCAAGAUCUUACACAUGUAGCUUCUGCAAAAGAGAAUUUAGAUCUGCUCAAGCUCUUGGUGGUCAUAUGAAUGUCCAUAGAAGAGACAGAGCCAGGUUGAGGCAGUCACCUCCAAGGGAUGGUCAGUACCCAAUUCUUAAUCUUAACCUUAACCCUAACCCUAACCCUAAUUUCUCUACCCCACCAUUAGUUUCUCCUUCAUUGACUAGCACGUUCCCUUCUGUGGUUUCUCCACCUCUUUCUUCUCUAUCCUCUCCCUCUUCGGCUUCUCUAAGUAAAAUGAAGAAAUGGUGUAUGGAUGGUGCUCUAACUGGUCAUCAACUAAGUCCGAAAGGCUCUGAUUUAACAAAGAAAAGGACUGCAAAAUCUUAUUGCAGGAUCAAAGAAUUCAGCGGUAUCACAGAAGAAGAUGGGUGUAAGGUUCCAGAGAAGGCUUAG